AUGCCUGACGCAUGGGACGAUGACUGGAUAGCCAAAGGCGAUUCGUCACCUUCUAAGACUGAGCCUGCCCCAAUUAGCACAAAGACAUCCAAAGCAGAACGACGGGCGAAGCAGGCCGAAUUCAACCGUCAGCUAUGGGAAGAUGCUGAAGACCCGCAAGACAACUUCUUCCUCAAGUCUCGGGACAUCGUACCACUCAAAUCGGAGUUCAGACCUGCUAUGAAGGUGCUGAGCAGGAAGCCGGAGAAGAGCUCAGCAACUAAUGUGGAGGGAAUUGGUCAGCUGAAUAUCGAUGACGACGAUGAGAGCGAAGAUGAAAAUAAGAAGCAUCAUUUGACUGCUGAGGAACGGCGGGAGAAAGCUCAAAGGGAGAGGGAAGAGAAGCAGAAGAAGUAUGAAGAAGUGAGGCAGAAGCUGUUUGGCAACGAUCAGUCCUCGUGUGCCACUGCUGCAUCUGGUCCAAGGAAUAACACCUCGAAAAACAGCUCCCCCUCCCGGAACCAAAGCAGGAAUAAGACUAGCAGAGACAGUCGACCUUCGUCAUCUGCGAGCAACCAGACUGGGCGGUUGUAUGAUCCUAAUGAUACAGGCAAACCAGGGGUGUCCUCAGUUCUACGGAAAGAGACGAAAGCAGAGCCAAAUGAGUUACAGCCUAUCAGAUCUCCACGAGCCCCUGAUAAUAGUGGCAGAGGGGGUUUUGGAUUCGCUCCUCGAGGCGGCAAGCCUGCUUGA